ACGAAGCCGAAGUCAGACGGACGAGAAAGCCCUGGGACGCCAUGAGCGAGAUCAGUUACAGCAGGAAUGGCGUCCGUGGCAGUCGAGCGGCCUCCGGUUGAGGAGAAGAUCCGUACCCUAAAACUUAAUGGUCAUGUUGGAUUUGACUCUCUGCCAGACCAGCUUGUAUCCAAGUCCACCCAGAAUGGCUUUACUUUCAAUAUAUUGUGCAUUGGUGAAACUGGCAUGGGCAAAUCCACCUUAAUGGAUACACUCUUCAAUACCAGCUUUGAGUCUAAUCCAGCACCACACACAUUGCCAUCUGUCAAGCUUAAGUCUCAUACAUAUGAACUUCAGGAAUCUAAUGUCAGGCUGAAGCUGACAAUUGUUGACACAGUUGGCUAUGGAGAUCAGAUAAAUAAGGAAGACAGCUUUACUGCUAUUGUUGACUACAUUGACAAACAGUUUGAUGAUUACCUUCAAGAAGAACUGAAGAUAAAACGUUGCCUGUCAGCCUACCAUGAUGCAAGAAUCCAUGCCUGUUUGUACUUCAUCUGUCCAACUGGUCAUGGUCUGAAAAGUAUUGAUUUGGUGUGCAUGAAGAAACUGGACUCAAAGGUGAAUGUGAUUCCCAUCAUUGCCAAGGCUGAUACCAUCUCCAAGGCUGAGCUGACCAAGUUUAAACAACGCAUCAUCCAAGAGAUAAAAGCCAACAAUAUCCAGAUUUACCAGUUCCCAACUGAUGACGAUACCAUGGCCAAAGUGAAUGUUGAAAUGAACAGCCAGAUUCCCUUUGCUGUGGUCGGAAGUACAGAUUUUGUUCGUGUUGGCAACAAAAUGGUCAGAGCCCGCCAAUAUCCAUGGGGAACGGUUCAGGUUGAGAACGAGAGCCAUUGUGAUUUUACAAAACUUAGAGAAAUGUUGAUCCGCACUAACAUGGAAGACAUGCGAGAAGUGACUCAUAGUAAACACUAUGAACUUUAUCGAAAGAAAGUCCUUGAAACAAUGGGAUUCACAGAUGUGGGCCAGGACAAUCAGCCAGUAAGCUUCCAACAGACAUUUGAGCAGAAGCGUGUAGAGCAUCGAGAGGAGUUACAGCGCAAAGAAGAUGAAAUGAGGCAAACAUUUGUGCUCCGUGUUAAAGAGAAGGAAACUGAAUUAAAGGAAGUAGAGAAGGAGUUAUAUACAAAGUACGACCAAUUGAAGCGCGAACAUGCAGAUGAAAAGAAGAGGUAUGAGGACUCAAAGAAGCAGUUGGAAGAAGAGAAAGCUGAAUUCCAGAAGUACAAGCAACAGGUUGCAUCACAGCAGCUUAGCCACCAUACACUCACACUUGGCAAAAGGAACAAAAAGUAAUAAAGCAUGAACUUUGUGAGAAGACAGAGGAAGAAGGAAGGAAAUGCAGAUUUAUUUCAUAUGGCAUUUAUGGUAUAUAUGGUUAGAAAAAAAGGAAAAGAAAGUGUUUACAAUUUUUGUAUACUGAAAGAUAUUUUAAAUUUCUGAUAUUUCAACCAUUUAUUUAGGUAUAGCUCUUGGUUUUUGUGAAGAAAGAUUCAACAUUGUUAUAAAGUCAUGUAACAUGUACAAUAAGUAAUUAAUUUGAGAUGCAUUUUUUAUCAGGCACAUUUAUAAAGUGAUAGUUAAUGCCUUGUCAUAAAGAUUGAUGGCCAGCUUGCUUAGUUUAGCAAACUAGAAAAGAAGAAAAUUGACCAACAGUUAUUUUAUGUGUUUUAAAAAGUACAUAUCAAUUUUCUAUCAAGAAUGUUGCCCUGUUGAAUGAAAGGUUAAAAAAGGCAUUUUUCUUAAUUUUAUUUCUUUUUCCAUAUUUGUUUCCCUUUUUUUUUUUUAUUAUUAUUCUUGUGAUUUUAUCCCAGGCACAUGGGAAAUAGACUAUAGGAUUAAGUUCUUUGCUUUAUGCCUACAUUUCCAGGACCCUCUCUCUUCAAAGUAUGGAUUAAGUUGAACCACAGAUGUUAUUUGAGAUUGCAAUGUGUUCCAAGCUUUAUUUCAGAUGCGUUUAAGAGAAGUGAAGGGUAAAGACAAUAUAUGGUCAUUGCCAAUACAGAUUGUUUGCUUUAUGUCACUUCAUAAUAGAGAUAGAGGAAUAAUAAAGAAAAAAAAAAGAUCAGUAUUAUGCUGUGUAUUCAGUGAUAUUGGGUCCUUUUUUAUAUAAACAAGUCAAAUAGAAAAGAGAAAGAUUGAGAAAAUGUGACAAAUGUACUUAUAUAAUUUAAGACUGGAGUGUGGGAGUGAGAGUGAGUGGGAGUGGGAGUGUGAGUGUGGGAGUGGGAGUGAGUGUGAGUGUGGGAGUGAGUGUGAGUGUGGGAGUGAGUGUGAGUGUGGGAGUGAGUGUGAGUGUGGGAGUGAGUGUGAGUGUGAGUGUGGGAGUGAGUGAGAGUGUGUGUGAGAGAGUGUGCGUGUGCGUAUGCGUGUGUGAGUGUGUGUGUGUGGGGGGGGGGGGGGGGCGAGGUGAACAUCUGUCAGAGAGAGUUGGUAAGAAUGUAUGUAUGUCCAUAUGCAUAUAUAUGAAUAUAUAUAUAUAUAUAUAUAUAUAUAUAUAUAUAUAUAUAUAUAUAUAUAUAUAUAUAUAUAUAUAUAUACACACACACACACACACACACACAUAUCCAUACAUGUACAUGCAUAUACAGAUAUGUAUAGAUAUACAUAUCUAUACAUAUGUAUAUACAUAUGUAUAUAUUCCUAUGUAUAUGUAUAUAUACAUGUAUAUAUGCAUAUAUAAAUGUAUGUAUACAUGUAUAUAUAUAUACAUAUACAAAUUUAUACAUAUUUAUACUUAUACAUAUAUACACAUAUAUUUGUACCUAUAUAUGCACACAUAUGUAUAUGUAUAUAUAUGUAUAUGUUAUAUAUAAUGUAUGUAUAUAUAGAUAUAUGUAUAUAAUUUUUAUACAUACAUAUUUGUAUGUAUUGAUAUAAUAUGUAUAUUAUAUAUAAUAUAUUUAUAUAUAUUUAUACAUAUUUAUACAUAUACAUAUUCAUGCAUAUUCAUUCCAAGUACAUUGUGUGAUGUUAAUGGCAAUUGAUGUACAAGAAAAAUGGAUUUCAUAGUAAAAUACAGUCUGUGAAAUUAAUUUUAUUCCAGUUUUUUUAAUGCAUAGAUUAUAUACUUAACUGAAUGGAUUUUUGAUAACUGGGAUAGUUUGUCCAUUUCUUACAAUGAAGAUUCCUCAAUGAAAGUUCUGUUUUUUGUAAUGAUAUCUAGCAUGAAUGUCAGAGGUGUUCAGCCUCAGCUAAGUAGUUUGAUAAGUUUGAUAUGUUUUUAAUAGUAGAGUAACAAAUAUGCUUGUUUUAAAUUGUAAGUUGACACAGGCAAAAGAUGAAUGAUAGUAUGUAAAUGUAUUGUAGUGGAUAUAUAUCAGAAGUAAGACCAGUCAUUGUUGAUUUUUUAUUUUCUGUUCAUUUCAGAAACCUAAUCUGAAUUCCAAAGAUAUUUACAUUUAAUAAGUAAAGUCUGUAAAUCCUAAAAGAUAAAACUACUUUAGAAGUUGAUGCUACUACUUAGGUGGUGUGAUAUGUAAAUGCAAGUAACCAGCUAUAUCAAAGCCUAUGUGUCUUGCUUUUAUUCAGAAAGUUUUUACAACUUUAAAGUCACAGUAAUCUUAACAUUCUCUCUCCUCCUAAUGCAGUAUCUUCCUUCCUUCCUUCCUUCUCUGCUCCCCCCCUUCUACCUCACUUUAUCCUUCUCCACAGUCUCAUUUCAUAAUUUUCUAUAUCUCAUUCUUCAUCAUUUAGCAUACUAUCAAUGUGUUCCACAAUGCUAGGAGUAUUAUUUAAUGUAAGAUGAAUCAACUUUGUUUUUAGUUUACUAAGGCAUAAUAUAAGUAGCUGAUAAAUGUUAUCUUCCAUUUCUGUCAGUUUUGUGUGGACUUCCAAAAAAAUUCUACCAAAAAUUAGUUGUUUUAGUGCCUUAUGGUGUAUCGUGAAAUAUUAAAAGAUAAAAUGUCAA